AGUAUUUCACGAUCGUGCGCAACCAGCAGCGGGCGAUCGACCAAGCGUAGCGCACGACGUGCACGUUACUCUCUUUAUCUCUCUUUACGCCGACUCUCUCGCACAGCGCGAGUUUCUCGACUUUUCGGAGGUGGCGCCUCCACUUCGCGCUCGCGGCGCCGCAACGUCUUUCUUCCCGCGGGGCCUCACUCGCGCCGUCUCGCUCUCUCAUCCGCGUUCCGUUCUCUAUAUCUCGUUUCGUCUCGUUCUCUCUCUCUCUCUCUCUCCCUCCCUCCCUCUCUCCCCCUGCGCUCGUGCGACGCGACGCGCCGAAUCAUACAAACGGAAGAAGCGCGACAGCGCGUCGUGCGUGACCCAACCCAACUUGACAGUUGACCCGUGUCAUUCACGCUCGCGCGUGUGCCGGUAUAAAUUUUCUUGCGGGUUUCGUCGUUUUCCUCGCAAGGACGGUUUUCACACGACAGAUCUCCGCUCCGGUGUGCUUCGAGGUUAUCGACUAUUAGAGGUUAUCGAGAACAGCGGUUACUGCGGGAGAAGGAAGAUGUGGGCCGGUCAGGACGACACGCAGAGAUUUAAGACCAGGGUGUUGAAACCGCCCGGUGGUGGCAGCAGCGAUAUUUUCGGCGCGGCCCCGGAAGAAACGAGCCCACGGCGCAUCAAGGCCCACAAUCAGUCCCAGCUGAGCUCGGCCCUCUUCGGCGACACCAACGGCACCGACAACGCGACCGCUGCUGUGUCGCCUCGCAGCAACAAGCCCGGUAAUGAUUCAUACAAACGCCUGUUUGGCCCCCCCGAUGCCCCAUCCACCCCAAACGCGAGAAAUCACAUGCGCAGCAAUAUUCCCCUCAGCGGGGGAUCGUCGAUCUCGUCGCUAUCGUCGGGCACCGCGAUGUCGCCCGCGAAGAGCACGACCAGCAGCAAUUCGACAUCAGGCAUCGCCAACGGCUAUGCCAGCAACGGCAGCAACUCCUCCAAUGAUGUGACAGCUUUUAGGAGAAAGAAACGAUUUCGAGGAUUGCCGACGCGCAACCCAGUCACCGGAGACGGAAUCGAGGUGACGCCCGUGAGGCGCAUCCCACGAAAGUAUCGAGAUGGCAAUCCUGUAACCGGAAUCGGCUACGCGUCCGAGUCGCAGAAGAACGGACCAGCCAUGCAGAACGGAACCGCCAGUUCGAAUUCCAGCAACAGCGGCGAGAAGUCGAACGACACGUCGCCGGCGACGGCAAAGCCACCGACGCGCACUCGCGUCCCACCCGGUGGCUAUUCAUCCGGACUCUGGUAAAGAGUGACGUCACCAACGGGGGUUGUAUCCCGCUUCCCUCACCCCCCCCCACUCCACCCCACCCCACCCCUUUCCGAAGGGGAAUAUCUCGAUUAAUUCUUUCGGCCCUGUACUCUUAACCCAUUAAAGCCCGAAAAUAUCCAUCUAGAGAGCCUUAUAAUCGUCGUCCGUAGAAUAUUCUAAACGGAAGUCUAUUUUGCCACCGUCUACCCGGUGCAGCGACGGGGUAAUAUCUUUUCUAUGAUUUUUCUAGAGACAACCUAAUAGAAAGGGGCAAGAUAAUAAAUGAUGGGCUUUAGUGGAUUAACGCCACACAUCACUCUCUUUUGCUUUGUACUAAUUCAAGGAAAUAUACAGAGAAGAGUAAGAACGAACUUUUAUAGGCUUCUUGAUUCUCGAGGUAACUCUUUCGGCCUUCGGAGAGAACAAUAAAAUUGAUUUCACAUGUAACACAUGCUGAUGAUGAAUCGGCAUUCUUUCAAACGAAAACAUUCAGCGAUGUUCAGUUACUAUUAUCUAUUCAGUUACUAUUGUCGGGGCCAAGAGAGUUCAAUGAAAGGGCGGAUGAAAGUAAUGAUAAAAUCGUGGAUACGUUAAUUCCUCAAUAAUUCGCAACACAGAAACGAGCAGUUCGAGCGUCCGACCAACGAUCGAACGGUAGGGAUUGUGUAUUUAAAUUUAUCGAGAUUAGGUACAUUCCUGAAUUUUUUAAAUUCCGACCUCUCGUGACGUACGAGUUCUAUUUCGCGAAAGAUUAAUUCACUGCGUGAUCGGUUGCAUUGAAUAGAAAAUAGAGAAUGAGAGGAUGGAAGCAAAAGUGUUCCCAGAUAUUUAAGCUUCCGCAGCAUUUCUCAGCGUGGACGACGCGUACGAGGGUCAAUGGGUUCCUUGUAAAUUACCGAUCCUUCAGUCGACAACUAUACAGCACGGACUUUAUUGCGUAACUGUAUAAAGGUAGUUAAAGCGAUCAUCACGCGUAAAGCGUACACCUCCGGCUAGAACGCCGUACCGCGUCAGCAUUUAAUAAAUCCUUACUUCGUCGAGAAGCGCAAUUUCUUAUCGGCGAACGAUUUACAUACAGGGUGUCCCAUUCAUCACCGGUCGAUUUGAAUUUCGCGCUAUUUUUAAAACGAUGCCGAAUCUAAGAUCGUGAUUUUUCGUAAUACGCCUGAAUAAUUUGCACGCGUUCUUUCACCGUGUACUUUUCCAUGAUUAAUUUCCCAUCUGUCUAGAUGACAUAUGUGAAGUUUGAGGUUAAUCGAUUUGACGUUUUAAAAAUAGCGCGAAAUUCAAAUCGACCGGUGAUGAAUGGGACACCCUGUAUAAUGAGUCAUAUGAAUAUAAGCGGAGAAUAGAAUAUACUUUUCUUCUUCUUCUUUUAUUAUGGCUCCCAUUCACUGAUAUGUGUCCCCGCUUUUCAAUACGGGUUCAAUACGGCCAGUGAAAUCAACGAAAAAAAUAUGUAAAUCGAAUAAACGUUUCAAGUUAAUACAAGUAUUUGUCAGGAGUAAUCACAAAAGGCGCCUAGUUUCGUCAAAAACUUGAAAAAAAAAAACAUACAUAAGAAAAUAUCUAACAUAGGUAUAUAACACUGACAAGAUGAUAAACAGUCAGCCCUGAAUAAAUUUUUCGUAGCCAUCAAAGAAGUAAUUGGAAAGAGUACCGAUAUUAUCAAUGUUAUUCAUAUAAAUAUUUAAAUACUGUAUCUCUAUUAUUAAUAUUUAAAUAAUGUAUCUAUUACAUGACUUUUUUAUUAUAUAAAUCCUGCAUAAAUAAGUAACGCAUACUUAUAAUAUAUUGUAUCGCAAAUAGGAUAAUGCACGGAAGAUCAUAAUGUUGACAAGCUGUAAAUAAUACGCGUCUAAAAAAUAUUGGAUAAUAAUAAAUUCUAAAAUUAAUAUUAUAUUUAUGGGCUAAUUGUUUACAUUUUAAAAGUCAUACAACUCCUCCGCAAGAUUCUCGAUCUUCAAUAAUAUCUUGUCAGUGGAUAGUCAUAGAUUUGCAACCUUAGAUAAAUUUAAAAAGAAGACAAGUUUGCAUUUGGGACUUGCGAUUUAGUGCUCUACGAUGAGCCUAAAAAAGAAAAGAAAUUAGCAUUUAGUUUUUCUUAAAAUACCUACUGAUAAAUGUCUUUUGCUGUAUCAAUCAUAAUCUGAUCGUUAAAAUUAUAAUAUAACUCGAAAAUUAUAUGCAACGUUUUACGACAUACGAUUUAUUGGUACUCAACUCGAAUGUUUCGAUGUUUUCGUCGUUUUUCAAAGUGUUUGCAGACUUUGAUAAGUAAGAGCAUUGCUCGUUUUAUUCGCGAUUUGUUUCGUUACCGCGGCGUUUUGCUCGUUUCCAGUGUUGCAUGUCAGUUCAUUAAUCCCAUCUCAAGAUGAAGGGCAAUAAUAAAUGUUUACGCAUACAAAAGAGUAUCGAGAUCGUAGAAUCUGCGAUUGUUACUGUAAAAUAUGCGACGUUGAUUAGGAACGAGGACAGAGGGAAAAAAUCGUUGCCAAUCAAUCCUGCCAAACAUCGAAGAGAUACAUUGGAAAAAAAAACGUCAGAACACACGAUUAUUUGGGCUAAUUGAACACUUUGAAUGGAGUAACCGUGAUAUUUUUUCAAAAGGGAGAAGAGAGAGAGAGAGAGAGAGAGAGAGAAAGAUGAAGAAUUUGAGUCGUGAACGACUAGAUCUAGAACGUGAGAGGAAUGGACUGAAAAAUAGCAGCACGUGAAAUUGCGAGAUGGAGACCUCGGAAUUGUACAUUAGAAGUAGGAAUAUGUUAUUUCGAGAAAUAAAAGUGUACUAUGUAUAACUCAUUGAAACCAAGUUUCAAGUGCUUUCUUAAUCUCUCCGUGCCUUCUCGAUCAUAUUGAUACCGUUCGCGCGAACGAUCAAA